GACUUCUUCUCCAAGCCAAGUGAAGUGACCAAACAAGCCCCUCUCUUUCUCCAUUUCCUCUCUCAAACAAAACCCUAAUCGAGAGCCCAUCUCCACAGAGAACAAAAGAAUCUCGCCAUGGCUCGCUACGAUCGCGCGAUCACCGUCUUCUCUCCCGACGGCCACCUCUUCCAAGUAAAUACCGAUCGAGGGCGCGUCCGCAAGGGCAACGCCGGGACCUCGGCCGUUCGCGGCACCGACAACGUCGUCCUCGGCGUCGAGAAGAAGUCCACCGCCAAACUCCAAGACUCCAGAUCGGUCCGCAAGAUCGUCAACCUCGACGACCACAUCGCCCUCGCCUGCGCCGGGCUCAAGGCCGACGCCAGGGUUCUGAUCAAUCGAGCGAGGAUCGAGUGCCAGAGCCAUAAGCUGACGGUGGAGGAUCCGGUCACUGUGGAGUAUAUUACGAGGUAUAUUGCUGGGAUGCAGCAGAAGUACACGCAGAGCGGUGGGGUUCGGCCGUUUGGGCUAUCGACGUUGAUCGUUGGGUUUGAUCCGUAUAAGGGAGUGCCGGCGCUGUACCAGACUGAUCCCUCGGGGACUUUCUCGGCUUGGAAGGCGAAUGCUACAGGGAGAAACUCGAAUUCGAUGAGGGAGUUCUUGGAGAAGAACUAUAAGGAGGUUUCGGGACAGGAGACAGUGAAGCUUGCCAUCAGGGCAUUGCUUGAGGUCGUUGAGAGUGGGGGAAAGAACAUUGAAAUUGCAGUUAUGACAAAAGAUGAAGGUCUCAAACAACUCGAGGAAGCCGAGAUUGAUGCCAUUGUUGCAGAAAUAGAGGCGGAGAAAGCUGCUGCUGAGGCUGCAAAGAAGGCUCCUAAAGAAACAUGAUUCUAGGUAUAAUCCAAGCACAUCUUAGCAGUUUAGGUUGUAUUGUAGAAACUUCUAUAUAACUGAUUGAUUUCCUUUGCUGAUAAGAAGAAAGAUAUUUGGUUUUCAGCUUUGCUACUGGUGUGUUUGUAUUCCAUUGUGUUUAUUUGCCAGACUCUUUUAAGAUCUUUAUGUGCGAAAUUGCUGCUCAUGUGUUUAUUUGCUAGAAAUUUCAAAUGUCAGGAUCAUCUAUUGUUACC